AUAAAAGUAACUGGCAGAGCCAAUGCAAUCAUUCUGCAAAGUAGUCAAAGUCAAAUUACUCAACAAUGGCAACUCUACGAUUUGUGGUGCUCUGCAUUGCACUGUUUGCUGGUGUCGCUAAUGCACAAGGAUAUAGACCAACUGGUCUUCCAAACGGAGCACAGCUUGGUGACAGCUGCACCCCCAGACGACACUCUAUAGCUAAAAGAUGUGGAGAGGCAACUCUUAUUGGGCAAACUGAGACUGAGCUAGGUGAAACAGAUGGAAUCGAAGGACCGAAUGUGUGUCGAGUGUCCAAGAUGUACAUGCAGCAAACACGAGGCUACACAUAUCAAGAGUUUCGCAUCUUUAGAGGCUUUUCUUUUACUGACUGUUUUGUCACUAAUCAAUGCAAUGGUACGAUGGUCAACUUCACCAACAACACUAUUGAUUGCUGUGACGGAUUUGCUCAAGGUGAAUCCAUGGAGUCAGCGGCUGUGGCAGCUGGAGAGAGUUUUGAUUUCAUUAGGAGAUAUAGGAAUCGCAUUUCCUUGAGAACUGAGGGAUGCCCUGUCAUGCUGAGGGAAAACGUUAUGGAUUGUUUGAACGAGCUGGCUCUAAAUGAAUUCCUGACAGAAACUAAUGAACUGCCAGACAUUGUUGAGAGAUUUGAGUCAGAAACUGACCCAAUUACAGUGUUUGCUCUUUCCAACAAAGCAUUUGCAGGUCUGAACGAUAUUACACGAGCUCUGCUGUUCAAUAUAAUUACCAGAGAGACAAUUAUUUCUGCACAUAUCGGAGAAGGAAGUAUUCCAGAGAAUAAAUUGUUCAAUGGCCAGCUGAUACAAACACUAGCCUCCAACGUGUCUCUUCAUAUUGGAAAAACUAGAAAUAGUACUGUCAAGGUAUUCUUCGUGAAUGGAGUGCGGAUUUCUCAACCAAAUGCCUGCCAAGCUCGCAAUGGUGUAGUGCACAUUAUCGAUAAUUUUCUGCCCUUUUCCUCAGACACCAUUAAGGACGUUUUAACUCAGCAGUCUUCUCGUUUCAGCAUUUUUCAGCAACUGGCAGAAAAAGCUGAUAUUGCUGAACUCUUAGAUGUUCCGCAGAAAUCUCAAACUGUUUUUGCCCCUACAAACGAUGCCUUUGAUCCAGGUUUUGUUGAUUGUCUACUUAAAGAUGCCAAUAAAGGAUAUCUUUCUACUUUUGUUCUCCUUCAUAUCUCCUAUCCUGCUGAGUUCACAACCACUCUUUCUGAGCGUAGUUAUGUCCCAACAUUCAUCUCCCGUCUUAAAGUUAACUUAGCCGAAGAAGUAGUGAGGAUUACCAACGCUAAUAUCAUUCCCAACCGUAUUAUCUCUCUUGACGGUACUGACAUCCCUGCUCGUAACGGUGUGAUCCAUGCCAUCCCCGAGAUCAUCCAGACCUUUACCGAUGAACAGUUGGGGCAAAUUUGUCCAGGCAUCACAGCUAUAAUGGAGCUUGUUAUCGAACCUGAGGUCACCCCCGAUCCUGACAGCAUUCCUACUGAUUGAGUCGUGGUCCCUCCUGAGCCUGUGGGUCGCUAAGAACCAGAACAUUGAACUGAUAAUAACUGCAGCAUGCAUGAUUUCUGUAUAUUUUACUUCUUUUGGUUGUAGUUGUGAUACUGAUACAAAAAAUAAUAGUUUAAAGCUGA